AUGAGGAGGAGUUGUAAUAGAGAAAUCGUAGUUGUUUUAGGUGUAGCUUUGGUGUGUUGUUUUUGGUCUUGGUUGCCGGUGCUUGAAGUUGAAGCAACACAAGUAACUUACGAUGGACGUGCAAUUAUAAUCGAUGGAAUACGAAGAGUUUUGUUCUCAGGUGCGAUCCAUUAUCCGCGCAGCACACCAGAGAUGUGGCCAGAUCUGAUCCAGAAGGCAAAGGAUGGUGGGAUAGAUGUGAUAGAGACAUAUGUGUUUUGGGACCUCCAUGAGAUUCGUCGUCGUCAGUAUGAUUUCUCUGGUGGAAAAGGCUUUAUCAAGUUCCUCAAGACUGUACAGAAUGCGGGACUGUAUGCGUUUCUUCGAAUUGGUCCUUAUGUGUGUGCUGAAUGGAAUUACGGAGGAUUCCCGGUGUGGUUACACAAUUUACCAGGAAUUCAAUUAAGGACAAACAAUCAAGUAUACAAGGAAGAGAUGCAGAAUUUCACGACCUUAAUAGUUGACAUGUGUAAAAGAGAAAACCUCUUCGCCCCACAAGGAGGGCCCAUAAUCCUUGCACAGAUUGAGAACGAAUAUGGAAACAUAAUGGGACCUUACAGGGAAGCGGGAAAAGAAUAUAUCAAAUGGUGUGCGAAAAUGGCUACAGCUCAAAAUAUUGGUGUCCCAUGGAUCAUGUGCAAACAGAGCGAUGCACCUUACCCAAUGAUCAAUACUUGUAAUGGGUUUUACUGCGAUGGUUUCAAGCCAAACAAUCCCAAUAGCCCUAUAAUGUGGACUGAAAGCUGGAUUGGAUGGUUCAAGACGUGGGGAGGAGCAGACCCCCACAGAGCCACCGAAGAUGUGGCAUUCUCCAUUGCUCGUUUCUUCCAAUUUGGUGGCGUUUUCCAUAACUACUACAUGUACCAUGGAGGAACCAAUUUUGGCCGGACACCAGGAGGGUACAUUACAACUUCUUAUGAUUACGACGCACUACUUGAUGAAUACGGUAAUUUGAAUCAACCAAAGUGGGGACAUCUAACGCAACUUCAUGCUGUCAUUAAGUCAGCACAGAGCGUCCUUACAUAUGGUACAUAUUCCACUAAGCUACUUGGUGCUGGACUGGAAUUGACUACAUACGUAAACAAUGGCACUGGAGAGUCAAUCUGCUUCUUGAGCAAUGCAAACACGGUCAACGACACCAACAUUGUCUUGCAAUCAAAUGGCAAUGACUAUUUCGUGCCUGCUUGGUCUGCUACUAUUCUUGCCAACUGCAGCAAGGAAGUCUACAACACUGCCAAGGUGAACACUCAAACCUCGUUGAUGACAAAGAAGCCAGCAACAACUGAUCAAAGUGAACACAAUCAUCAACUCAAGUGGGUUUGGAAGCCCGAGCCUGUUCGUGACGUUCUUAAAGGAUGGGGUCCUUUGAAGGUCAAAAAACUUCUUGAACAAAAGUCAACAACAAUUGAUGUUAGUGAUUACUUGUGGUACAUGACCAGCGUACUCGUUGCUAAGAAAGACGCAAAGAAAGCAAUUCUGCGAGUGAAUACAACUGGGCAUGUACUCCAUGCUUUUGUUAACAGAAGGCUCGUAGGAUCACAAUGGGGGCAAGGUGGCAAUUACGGAUUCGUGUUUGAGCGACCAAUCAUGUUGAAGCCCGGGCAAAACCAAAUAACUUUACUCAGUGCCACAGUUGGACUCCAGAAUUAUGGCCCUUUUUUCGAUCUAACGCCAACAGGAAUAGCAGGGGGUCCAGUUCAGUUGGUUCUAAGUGGGAAUGUUACUAAGGACCUUUCAUCAAACCAAUGGUAUUAUAAGAUUGGUUUGAAUGGCGAGUUGAUGCAAUUCUACAAGGACAUCAAAAUACACCAUCACAAGUAUUGGCGUUCUAAGAAACUUCCUAUCAACAGACCCAUGACUUGGUACAAGACCACCUUCAAGACUCCAUUGGGAACAGAUGCUGUAGUAGUGGAUAUGGURGGAAUGGGUAAAGGGCAUGCGUGGGUAAAUGGAGAGAGCAUUGGUCGGUUCUGGCCUGCCUUCCUUGCCGACAAGAAAGCUGGGUGCAAUGACACAUGCGACUAUCGUGGCACUUACGAUCCAACCAAAUGCUUGACCAACUGUGGAAACCCUUCCCAAAGAUGGUACCACAUACCACGAUCAUUCCUGAUGAAAAAUAGAAGCAACACAUUGAUUUUGUUUGAAGAAAUAGGUGGAAAUCCUUCACAAGUGAGUUUUCAGACAGUGACCGUGGGAACAGCAUGUGGAAAUGCGUAUGAAGGGAAUACAUUGCAACUCUCAUGCCAAGGUGGCCGGAAAUUCACAGCAAUCCAAUUUGCUAGCUUCGGAGACCCUCAAGGCUCAUGUGGAAUGUUCCGCAAAGGAACCUGUGAAUCUGCCAAUACCUUAAAUGUGGUACGCAAGGCAUGUCUUGGACAAGAGAGAUGUAAAAUCACUUCCUCUGAAGCAACAUUUGGAUCAAGCAAAUGCAAUGGCAACAUCACUAGGAGAUUGGCAGUGCAAGCCAUUUGCUAG